AUGCUAUGCCUGUGGGUCUGUAAUCUUCUGCAUGUUGCUGGUUUGCUUCUGAACAACUCGAGCAAACGAACUGGUCUUUCAGGUCGAACCAAGGGAUCCCAUGAGCCGUGUUUAACCGAUCACCGAUCGUCGCUCGCUGAUGGAAAAGCGUUGCGCUUGGCAGCCUUGAACUUGCCUUGUCAAGAGCUUCAAUUGUAUUUCCUGCAUUUUGUCACUUUGGGAAGGCCGCGUGGCCGUGGGACACUGAUCAACAACCCUGCACCGAACAUGAUCUUUCUGCGCCUAAGCACAUCUACAGAGAACUACAGGCACUGA